UGAGGGACACCGAGUGUUGCAGUUGGCAGCGCACACUCGGCCGCCUUGAUGCAGCGUGUCGGCCAAAUUCAAUUAAUUUCCAGAGUUGAGAAGAGGCCGCCGCAACAGAUUUUAUUUUACAACUUUGGAAGGAAAAGAAAAAAAAUCGUAUACCUCCCUUCCAGACAACAAUAUGGCCACCUGUUGAGUUCGUGCCGGUCUCGUAUCAAGUCGGCUGGUUCGCCAGUCAGUUGUUUGCAGACAUCGGUUCGAGUGUGCGUCUUCAACCGGUCUUCAAGCACGAAGAAGAGCUUUAAAUGCGAGAAAUAGUGGUGUCAUGUGCGAUUUAAACCGGCGUGGACUUGGAUUUGGCCAUUGGUAGAUGUGGCGCAGCUCGCGCUCCGCUCGGCAACAAUGCGAGAUGGAACAGCUGAAUCCCCUCCCAGACGCAGGGCUCUUCGGGAUCAUCCCGCAAAGCUCCCCUCAUGGCCGGCGAGCGCACUUGCAGUUUCCGCCCCCUCCUAAUUACCCUCCGCCAUCCACUUCUGCCAUGUCCGAAGAGCACUUGCUGAGUGCUCCAGGACCAUCAAGUCAGAAUGCCUGGGAUCUGCCUAAUGACUAUUCAUACGCUUACUACGUGCCGGGCCCGCCGACGCGCCACACCAACGUCCCUAGCAGGUACCCGGGCUACCGGGAGGGCUCCUACCGGACGCGUCACACGUACUUGACGCGCUACGGCACCGAGGAGAACAUCUACGAGGAGAUCAGCGAAGUGGCAAGGGCCCGUCUGCGGCCGCAGCAGAGCAUCAUGAGCAUCAACCAGAGCCUGGUGGAGGAGGAGCUGAGGAGGGUGCAGACCGGGCACCGGCGGGUCCUGGGGGAGCUCAACCUGUCCAUCGAGGCGAUGCUCAUGCCGUCGUCGUCGCGCGAAGGCAGCGACGACACCGAUCGCGAGGAGGGCGACCAGUUGGCCGACCUCCUGACCGUCGGACCCACUGACGAUUUGCUCUCGCCAGUGCCUUUGGUGGACUUGGAUAGUGGGUUCAGUGGCAGUUCGAGCGGUGCUAGUUAUCGGAGUGCUGGGGGGAGUUUGAGACGCGGACCCGAAAGGCCCAAAUCGGCCAUUUCGACCGGUCCGAGGACUUCCACGCCGACUGAAGGACAAAAGGGGUUCUGGGGAAAGAAAGCCUGGAGGAAACUCACCGGGUUUCCCAGCAACAUCAGUCUCAACAAGCAGAAAGACGAGCCCCGCAUCCGCUCGGGCACAUGGGAGGAGGCCUCGUGCGAGCACCGGGUCCCGGGGCGCACUUUGCAGCACACGGUGUCCCAGCGGAGCUCCGAGGACAGCUGGUGCUCCGGCUCCGACGCCGAGCUCUCAUCGGACGGCGAAAGCGACCGCAGCGCCACCUCCAAUUCCAGGGUCAACAGCACCCAAUUCCGCAACACUUUGAACAAGGCGAAGACGUUGUGCGAUAAAUUCCGGGCGAGUGGCGGGAUCGGCUCCAACCACCGGCUCUCCCUCGACGGGACUUUCCCGGACCAGGCCAGUCAAGCCAAUCAGGGGAAGCUGUCGCGGUGGUUCUCGAUCCGGCGGGGAAGUACCCACCAGUACGAUAUCGAGAAUGUGGACGGGAAGGCGAGUCCGGGGAAUAAAAUGCCGCUCCUUCCGGAGGUCGAGGAGGAAAAUGUGUUCAACUGCUCGGCGCAGCAGAGGCGGCAAGUGCCGCCUGCCUUGCCGCCGCCGCCGCAGAAUCUCACCCCGCAGCAGCUGAAGAGGAGGAUGAUCGUUGCGGCGAUUGUUCACAGCGAGAACUCCUACGUCGCGACGCUACAAAGGCUGGUUAAUGAUUACAAGAAGCCGCUGGAGGAGAGCAGUCCGGCGAUUCUCAGCGCUUCCAAAAUCCAUACUUUGUUUCACAGACUGCCGGAAAUUCUCCAGUGCCAUACCCUGUUCCGGAUUGCUUUAGCCGAAAGUGUUCGAAACUGGGACCGUGACGAGAAAAUCGGAGACGUUUUCGUCGCAUCAUUUUCAAAAGCUAUAGUCCUCGAUAUUUAUAGCGGUUUUAUCAACAACUUUUCAGUCGCGAUGGAUUUGGCCAAAAUGGAAGCCAAACGAAAGUCGGCGUUGGCGGACUUUUUAAAAGUGAAACAGAUCAGUUCACACGAUCGGUUAUCAUUUUUCGGGUUAAUGGUCAAGCCGGUGCAGCGAUUCCCCCAGUUUAUUCUAUUCCUACAGGACUUGCUAAAGCACACCCCGCAAGGCCACCACGAUCGGAUGUCUCUCCAGCUCGCGCUGACCCAGCUGGAGUCACUCGCCGAGAUGCUGAACGAGCGCAAACGAGAGGCCGAACAGUACCAGGCCUUCAAGGAGAUGUUGCGCCACAUCAGCGGCAAAUUCUCAGUACGGCCUUUGUCGGACUGCAACCGAUAUUUGCUACGCGAAGAUAACGUUAUGCAACUGGAGUACAACCAGAGCGGCAUGAUAACAAAGGCCAAAAACCGCCGCCUUUUACUCCUCAACGACUUAAUCGUGUGCGUUUCGGUCGCACCGAAACCUUCCGAUGACUUCGGAACGAGCGAAAGACUGAACUUAAAGUGGACGUAUCCGGUGGCCGACGUCGAAAUCCAGGACACCAGCGCCUCCCCCACCCUAAGCCGGGUGCUAACCGCCGGCUUAACCAAAGGCGGGAGCGUCAAGUCGAACAGUUCGUUCGACGGCCAACAGCCCCAAGACGCCAACAACCUCUGCACCGAAAUGAGCAACUUGAUGCACGACUACGAGAUCAUGAGUCGCAUCUCGGACCUGGUUGGCUCCCUCAAGGGCAACUACAAGGACAUCACGCUCGAAAACACCCGCAAAAUCCUACACCAGAUCCAGACGUCGAUUCAGCAGAAAGACGAGGAGAUGGCGUGGGUCGACUCGUGUUGUCUCCAAUUAGUCGUUAAAACCAAAGGAAAAGAGGAAAUCUUUACGUUCAAAACCGACAAUCCCUCCAUCAAGAAAGAGUGGAUCACGGAGCUGAGACUGGCGCAGUUGGCUUUGGACCCCAACAACUCACCCGCGUGGGAAGUCCCGGAGCAGGAACAGCGGCCCUCCACCAAAAUGCCGCUGUUUGUCAAGUCGCAGUGUGUCUACAAAUCGCAGCAUCAAACCGAAGUGCGCUGCGGGUGCUACUACACUGUAAAUUCCGUCAAAACGACUCGCCGACGCCACCGCACCCAAAACUACCUCUGGAUAUGCACGACAGACGGCGCUAGUAGCCACAUUGCGAUCUUAUCCCAACACCACCAACAAGCGAGUGUUCUUAAAGACGUGACGUCCUUCAGUCUCGUGGAGACCCAAGUCACUGCAAUGGAAUUCGUAAAAGGGGCUCCGCAGCCGUGCCCCAGCCUUGCCUCGGACUCGGUCUGGAUGGGCACCGACAGCCACCGCCUGCUGUUAUACGCAGCAGACGAGCCCGAGAAACAAGAGGAAAUCGGAAGCGCGGCCGUCUCGGACGUCAUAACCCAAAUUAAAUGUCACUGUGAUAGCGUUUUCGUCGCCUUAGCAAACGGAACUUUAAAUGUAUAUAGACGGAAUGUGGUCGACGGUAGUUGGCUGUUGCAAGAGCCGCAGAUCAUCAAUCUCGGCUCGGAGGCGGUCUCAAGCCUCCUUCCCAUCAACUCGUGCCUUUACGCGGCAUGCGGGAAGAAAGUCUGGGUCAUCAGCGGCCUCACCGGAGAAGUACAAAAAAAUUUCAGUAUUCAACACGAGCACGUCGGCAACGUCAACUUGAUGGCACACAGCGGGAUCGGUCUCUGGAUCUCGCUGAAACACUCAAGUACCAUCUGUCUCUACCAUACUGAAACUUUCAAGCACUUGCAGGACAUCAACAUCGCGUCCAACGUCAUGCGAGUUACCACGCCAUCGAGCGGGCGCGACUGUGUUAACAACAACCGGUCGCAAGUCAACGUCACGGCCCUCCUGGCCUGCAAAGGCCUCCUUUGGGUCGGUACCAACGUCGGUAUUACCCUCACCAUACCCCUGCCACGCCUCGAGGGCGUGCCCAUCAUCAGCGGCCGGGUCAACAUAUCCUACCACGCCCACUUCGGACCAAUCUCCUUCCUCCUCGCCUUGCAACCAAAGACUGGGGCCACGCCCAAAAAGGACGAAACUCCGCAAGAGGACCGCCCAAAAAUGGAAAAACAGCUCUCUGACACGUCCAUGUCGUCGAAACUGCGCUACUUCACGAGUAGUCCGGUGGUCGUCCGGCGGCGCAAAUCCAAAGACUGUGACAUGUCCCGCCUGUCGAAAACCCUCCCACGGGGGUUCGGCAACGGCGGCUCUAUUUUUUCAACCAGUAGCAACUCGUCGCAAGUUUCAGGCGACACCUGCGACGUCUACGGCCUCUACGGCGAGCUGAUGUACAUCAGGGACUACGAGGGCGAGGAGCACAUGCUCACGGACCCCAUCUACGAGUCGCUGCGGCGCUCCGACCCCGAGCUGGCCAUUCCCAAUAAAGUGAGCACGCUGGACAGGCGGCUCAAGAUGAAGGUGAGUAGACCGCGCUCGCUCGAUUUGUCCAACUGGUCGGUGGACUCGCGCUCGUCGAGUCUGUGCACGUCGUCCGGGAGCGAGGAGAGCAUGGCGCUGCGGCACGGAGCGGGCCGGAGCGUCUCGCGGAACAACUCGAACGCGAGCAGACAGUUGAACGAGGUGAGUGAGAGCGAGGAGAAGGCGCCGGCGGCGAGCAAGACGCUGAGUAAGGGGGGCGUGGCGGUGGAUAACGCGCGCAGGACUGUUAUCACCCUGAUGGGGGGCCGGGGGUAUGUGAAUUUUAGGCAGCCGUGUUGUCCGGCCGAUAAGUCGAAGAAUUCGUUCUCGAUCAGGGAGUCGAACAGGAAUGAUGCGCAUAUUGUUAUAUGGGAACUGAAAUUGUGAUCAGGUCGGCCUAAGUAAUUAUCCAAAUGGCGGUAUUUUUGUAAUUGUGUAAAAUAGCUCGAGGUUAUUUUUAAUUUAUUUGUUGUAAAGUUUUUUAAGACGUCUUCACCACUUAAGGUUUUUAAUGUGCCCUGUUAUACAUAGAUGCAUGUUUAAUUAUAAUGAAUUUAUUACUGUUCACUGUGUUAUAGAGCAUUUAUUGAAAAUAAAUACAAAAUUCUGCGAUCA